AUGAGUUUAACAACGUCAAGAGUUGUCGGAAAUGAAUGGAAAUCAUUAAAACGUAAAACAAAUAUUCCAUUUUAUACGGGAAAAUCACAUUGGACUAAAAUUGAUCCUGUAUCUCAUUAUGAUGAAUUUGGUCGUGCUUAUACAACAACUGCAGCAUUUCAUAAAUCAUUUCCUAUUGAUAAUUUAUCGUAUCGUCAGUCUAAUUUCAAUAGACCAUUAUCACAAAUUGUAACAAAUGUUAUACCACAAAAUCCAUUUAAUCAAAUGGAUAUUAAUAAUACAACAAUAAAUGCAUCAAUAGAUAGUCGAUCACAUAUAGUACUUCGACAAUUACCAGGAAAAAAAUUACUACCAUUAAAAAAUAAUAUGAAAAAAGAAGAAGAAAUUGUUAAUAAUGAAGUUAACAAUUAG